CUGUUGCCAUUCAUCGUUGCUCCUAGCACCUCUUGCCACGUCUUGGUCAUCAGCAUGUAAUGGACAAUAAGUGAUCGAUUAAGUUAUUGUUGGAGUUUAAAAAGGUGAAAUGUUUAGGAGAAUUUCUCUGAAUAGAGAAUAUUUGAUCUCAUAACUUUUACGACACAUUCCUAUUGUGAAGAUGCGAGCAUCGCCAGAAAAUAAUUUAUCAAUAAGAGUGAUUACAUAUUUGUUGAAAUUGGUUGGUUUGUGGACAUCAAGCACAGCGAUCGGCAGGAAAAUCCUAAAAUUCGCUACUAUUUUUGCACUUACUACAAAUUUGAUCUUAGUUUACCUCAUCGCCUUGGACAUGUAUUAUGGUGAUAAUAACUUCGAUGACGUGGCUAAUGGAGUUCUCAAUUUUUCAAUAACCGGAAUGUCAUCAUUCAAGAUCGCUGUCAUCAUACCCUUUCGAGAGAGAUUUAUAGGCUUAAUUUCCCAUGUUAAGGAGACCUUUUGGUACGGCACAUAUGAUCGUGAUGGCCUCAGGAUCAUGAAUGAGUGUUUCACCAAAUGUACUUACAUGGUUGUAGUAAUUUCCAUCAUGUGUUUUAUGACAUUGAUGAUGUUUAUGGUGGAGCCGUUUAUAGUGGAUCGGCAAAAGGGUAACAUUGACAGACAUUUUCCAGUCAAUUUACACUUUCGUUUUAUACCAGCAUCUACAACCCCCUGGUACGAAAUAUUAUACAUAAUAGAGUUUACUACAGCCUCUUACUGCAUCAUAUGCUUUCUCUGUUUUGACACUUUUCUCUGCGGAAUGAACAUGACCUUAGUUGGACAAUUCAUGAUACUGCAAAAAGAAUUACGAUGCAUUUAUGAUUAUACUGAAUCAUCAAUGGCAGACGAAGAUACUGUCAAUUUACGAUUUUCUAAUUUCGUGAGGAAACAUCAGGCAUUGAUAUCAUGUGCUGAUAACGUUAAGGAGCUCUACAAGAAUAUUAUUAUUGGUUUUGUAUUUUUCCUGAGCAUCUCAAUAGCCAUGGAGUUAUUCCAAAUAAUGAUGUCUACCAAUUUGUUCAUUCGUCUACGAGCAAUAAUAUACUUCUGCAAUACAACCGGGGAGUUGUACCUGUUCACUCUAGUAUGUAAUAGUCUUGCAGAAGUGAGCUUUGACAUAUCACAUGCAGCAUACGAUGUUCGAUGGUUCUCCAUAACAUCUGAUCGUGUUAAGAAGGAGCUCAUGAGUGGGCUCACAACUGUCAUCAUGAGGUCUCAGAAACCUUGUCAAAUGAUGGUGGGAAAUUUUUCCCCCGUUACUCUCAAAACAUUCACUUCGAUUUGUAAUAUGGCAUUUUCUGGAUUAACUCUCAUGAGGACCAGUCUCCAGCGAGAACUUUAAUGGACGUCGGGUACGCAUUUGAAGUACAGUAGUUAGUACUUGAGGAGGCAGUGCUUUCUGUGAGAGGAUUGAUAACCGCAGGGCACUCAAUUGAUCUCACCCACCAGUCCCUUCAAUCUUUCGUCGUUAUUCAUUAGUCCCUUGUAUAAAAAAAGAUGGAAGUGAUACAGAUUAUCCAUUCAAU